AUGCGAGAAAUGUCUCGGUUUACAUGCGCUGUCAAAGUAUACUAUGACGGAGGAUGGGUGGAGACCGAUUCCGCCAAUAUCGUGCCCGGUGAUAUCGUGAAUUUGCUUGAGCCGUCGUUGGUUACCCUGCCCGCCGACAUGUUCCUUCUCUCAGGUGACGCCAUCGUCAACGAGAGUAUGCUCACCGGGGAAAGUGUCCCUGUCGGCAAAGUGCCUGCAAGGGACGAAGACCUGGCACGGUACAAGGACGGAAAGGAUAUCACGGGAGAUAUGUCAAAGAGUUUUCUGUAUGCCGGCACGCGCGUGGUGCGCAUGCGGGGUUCGUUAGCCCCCGAUGGCAGUCCCAGGACGCCGGCGCUGGGGCUUGUCGCGCGGACCGCAGUAGGGUUUGACACGACGAAAGGGGCGUUGGUGCGCUCGAUGCUCUUCCCAAAGCCCACGGGCUUCAAGUUUUAUCGCGACUCGAUUCGGUUCAUUCUCGUCCUGACUGGGAUUGCCGGUCUGGGAUUUUGUGCCAGUGCGGUUCAGUUUGUUAGGCUGGGGGUCAAAUGGCGCACGAUCCUCAUUAGAGCCCUCGACCUGAUUACGGUCGUGGUGCCGCCCGCCUUGCCUGCGACGUUGUCCAUCGGGACGAGCUUCGCGAUCAGCCGCCUGCGCAAACUGGGCAUCUUCUGCAUCUCCCCGAGCCGUAUAAACGUCGCCGGGCAGAUUAACGCGUGCUGCUUCGACAAGACGGGGACGCUGACUGAAGACGGGCUAGACAUCCUUGGCGUGCGCGCGUUAGAGCGGAAUGUCGACCGGUUUGGCGAGCUUCUCGAGGACGUACAUGGCCUGCCGUCCAGCCGCGACAAGACGAAUUUCCUGCACGCGCUGGCGACGUGUCAUUCGCUCAAGCAGAUCGAUGGCGAGGUCAUCGGGGACCCGCUUGACGUCAAGAUGUUCCAGUUCACGAAGUGGACGCUAGAAGAAGGUGAUGUGGCGGGCACGGGCGUAGUCAAGAGCCGGGCAGGCGGCGACCGCCCAGCGGCACUAGUGCAGACGGUCGUGCGCCCCCCAGGUAGCGCUCAGUUCCGGCUUGAAGACGCGCUGAAAGGUGGUAGACACGCACAUUUUCUCGAGUUGGGCGUGAUAAAAACAUUCGAUUUCGUCUCCGCAUUGCGCAGAAUGAGCGUGAUCGUCAAGCGCCUGCGGAGCAGUAGUAUGGAAGUGUACGUGAAGGGUGCCCCAGAAAUCAUGGGUGACAUUUGCGAGAAAGAUUCUUUCCCGCAUGACUAUGACGACCUGCUCUCUUAUUACACAAAGCGUGGGUACAGAGUCAUAGCUAUCGCCGGCAAGAGCAUCGAAGGCCUCACUUGGCUGAAGGCACAAAAAAUGAAACGUGAACAGGCUGAGUCUGGCCUUCGCUUCCUCGGCCUCGUUAUCUUCGAGAACAAGCUUAAGCCGGGAACGACGCCCGCGAUACAGGCGCUUCGGGCAGCGCACUUUACCUGCCGCAUGAUCACGGGCGACAACCCCUUGACUGCCGUUAGUGUCGCGAGAGAAUGCGGAAUGAUCAACCCUGCAGGCCACGUCUUCGCUCCCGUUUUCGUAUCAGGUAACCUGGCAACGCCGUUAUCUAGGCUGGAAUGGUCGAGUUUGGACGAACCAACAUGGAAACUCGACGAUUACAGCCUCAAGCCUCUGACGCCUCCUGCUCACCACCUCGUCGAGUCCGCCGAUCACGAGUAUCAUGAUUAUACUCUGGCGAUAUCUGGUGAUGUGUUUAGGUGGAUGAUUAAUCACGCUCCGCUGGAGACAUUGCAGCGUAUGCUGGUCAAAGCGCAGAUCUUCGCCAGGAUGUCGCCGGACGAAAAGAACGAGGUUGUAGAGCGGUUGCAGAGCCUGGGCUACACAGUUCUCAUGUGUGGCGAUGGCGCUAAUGACUGUGCUGCACUGAAAGCGGCGGACGUCGGUCUAUCGCUUUCAGAAGCUGAGGCUUCCGUCGCCGCUCCGUUUACAAGUCGUACCCCGGAUAUAAGCUGCGUUCUAGAAGUCAUUAAAGAAGGACGUGCCGCACUCGUUACUAGCUUCAGUUGUUUCAAAUAUAUGGCAUUGUACUCGCUGAUACAGUUUACUACAAUAACACUCCUAUACUCGUUUGCAUCUUCUCUUGGAGAUUUGCAGUUUCUAUACAUCGACUUAUUCAUCAUUAUCCCCAUUGCUGUCACAAUGGGUCGAACAUUGCCAUACCCAAAGAUACACCCGAAACGUCCCACGGCCAGCUUGGUGUCAAAGAAAGUCCUUGCCAGUCUGGUAGGGCAGAUCGUGAUCACUGUGACCAUCCAAUUCUGGGCAUUCUUCUGGAUCCGGAGACAGGACUGGUACGAGCCGCCCCCGCCUGCGGAUCCGAAUUCAGACGAUGACCAGCUUGAGGCCACUAAUUUCGAGAAUUCGGCCCUGUUCCUGGUCUCAUGCUUUCAAUACAUCCUGGUAGCAGCGGUGUUCAGCAUCGGGGCUCCGUAUCGUCGCCCAAUGUGGACAAAUGGUCUCUUCAUGUUCUCUUUAGCUUGCCUUUCAGCCUUCAACUUGGUUGUCCUGCUUGUCCGACCCCGUCUCCUUGCAAGUCUCCUGGAGCUCGUACCUUUACCAUUCUCUGCGCGGACGACACUGCUAAUAGCGGUAGUCAUCAACAUCGUGCUGUCCUUAGCAUAUGAGCAAUGGGGUACACAGCUCCUGGCGCGGAUGAUUGGGUUCAUCAUGCAACUCCGCCAACGCCGUAGGAUCAGUGACGGCAAGAUGUACAAGGCCGUCGAGGGCGGUAUGCGAUGA